AUGGCUCCCCAGCCUGUCACCACCCGGUCUGGCCGGGACUACUCCACCUACAACAACGCCCUAGAAUACCUCCAGGACGUCAACGAGCUGCCUAGGUUCUACAAGGAUGUCCUCCAGAACGACUGGGAGCGCAAUGAGCGCGUGGACCGCCGCCUGCAGGAGGCUCGUGUCUGCCGCCCACUGCAUUGGGGCACCAAGGUCGACCCUACCGAACCCGCCAUCAACCGCGGUUUCACCAGUCUGAAGAUGCUGUCGAAUAUGCUGCUAACUUCCCCCCCCCCACACCGCCAGUUCACAGUCAACCUUCCGGCUCUCUUCGUCUACGUGACGGGCAAUGCGCACAAUGAGGAUCGUGCUUGCAAAUCGGCCCGGUGCAGUGGCAUCUUUGCCACCUGCGUGACCGCCAAGGUCGCCCACCAGCCCGGCCUUCCAAACACCAUGCGCACCUCCUGCGCAGCGUGCAUGUAUAAUGCGAACAACACCCGCUGCGGCUUCAACCAGGGCCAUUGA